CCUGCAGCUGGGCAUAUCUGCAUUUCCAUCUUCACUUCCUGAAAGGAACAUGUAAAUGUACAACACAACUGCUUAGCGUCAGCAUCAACACAAGCAGGAGAUGCCCGAGAGGCUGGAUUUCUUUGGAGAAAAGGGUUUAAGGAGACAUGGAACUUGAAAGAAUCAUUCGAGACACACUGACACACUUCAUCCAGUCCCACAUCCCUGCUGCAGACCUCAGUGGGAUGGAUGAUGUUUUCUUCUCUUAUAUUACGGGUGUCCUGGAAGAGCUGGGUUCACCAGAGUCCUCUGAGGAAACCUUUGACAUGGACACCUUUGUGGAAAUGAUGGAGGCAUAUAUCCCUGGCUUCGCAGAAAUUCAGAGUGGGAAUGUCUGUGAAAUGAUGUUCUCUCUCUCAGAAAGGCUUGGUGAAGCACGUAACAAAGAAAAACCUAGCCAAAAAGCUGUGGAAAGCAGAACUGAAGUGCCCUCUGAAGACCUGACCAAAGGCCAGGAACCUGGAGCUGGAGUCUGCAAAGAGGAAAGGCUGUGCACAACAACAGAUGGAGCCGGGGCCCAGGAAGAUGAUGACUUGAAGGAUGGUGUGGAGCUGCUUCUGGAGAUGUUCCCUGCUUGUACUGUAAGCCAGGCAGAGAAGGCACUAGCAAUGGCCCUGGGUAACUUGGAAGAAGCAGUGCAGUUAAUUGUGGAAGAGAAGGUGGAAAUUGGCACAGCAGGUGCAAGUGUAAAGCUCUCCAAGCACAGGCUGUGCCAACACCAAGCCAGCAGUCCAGAAGAGCUGUGUCUGGCACCCCACUUCCCCCAUGAGCUGGAGCUGGUACGGCCCCGCAGAGCACCCAACCAUGAGGAACUAAAGCAGGUUAUCUUACAGAAAUAUAUGAUGGUGGAUAGUGCAGAAGAUCAGAAAACGCAUCGACCAGCUCCACCGAAAGAGGCUCCCAAGAAGCUGAUCCGCUAUAUUGAUAACCAGGUGGUGAGUACAAAGGGAGAGAGGUACAAAGACAUAAAGAAGCCAGAGAGUGAAGAGAUGAAGAAAACUUACAUCAGCCUCAAACCAGCCAGGAAAUACAAGUUCCACUGACAGCUGUGUCCUCCUGCUCUUCAGCCUCCACCUCACUGGCCAGGUGUGAAGGAUGGACACGUGGCACUAGGGAUGAAGGGGCUCUCCUACCCAACACUAACUGGAACUAACCUAGGAGCCAGGACACGGCUUUCAGCUUCCUGAACUAACCCAGCUGAUAAGGUCAAGCCUCCUCUCCUUGUGUAGCUGCCCUUCUGCCCCUGGGGCACUCCACAUUGGAUGUUGGGAGCCUGGGCAUACUCUGCUAUUCCUUGCAUGGGACAUUAGAUCUAAAAACGUAGCUUGUGGUUUUGCAGCAAGCUUUUUAGAAAUCUCUGUGCACUGUUGCUUUGAGUGCAAGUGUUAAUAAAGAUGAUGUGAGUUGGUGUGAAUUUCAA